GAGUAGUACUUUCCGUUCUACCCUAGCAAACGCCUUGGAGUUUCCAGUUUCCGAACUGCACCAAUAAGAUGUGGCUUCACUGGUUACUUUUAAAACUACCGUUAUAUUUUAUUGUAGACGUCGUGAUUAUACUGAGUUCCUGAAGCACAUGCAAGGAUUGGCUAAUUUGUAUCAACUCACUGGUGACGCGUAAGUAUAUGCGUAAUUAUAAUAGACACCUUAAGAUUGACGUUUGUGAUGUUACUCUGAGUGUAUAUCCACACCGGGCGAGCUUGAAAAAUAUGCCCGGCCACGGUGGGAAUCGAACCUACGACCUUUGGAAUACUAGCUCACAGAAAAAAUCAUAUUACAAGAUUACAUUGGUAUCGAAGGAACUAGAUUCUGUUCCGAAAUAUCACUUACUCGAACCGCCCUCACCGCGUAGCUCAGUUGGCAGAGCAUUGGGCUAGUAUUCCAAAGGUCGUAGGUUCGAUUCCCACCGUGGCCGGGCAUAUUUUUAAAGCUCGCCCGGUGUGGAUAUACACUCAGAGUAACAUCACAAACAUCAUAUUCACCUGAGUACACAACACCAGCACAGAAAAAAAAUCACCUUAAGAUUGUUUUUAAAAUUAAUGUAUUUCAAAACUGAUGUAAAAGCUAUUAUAACAGAGUUGUAAAAUAAAAAACUUCGCUAGCGGUUUGACGUUUGCCGUAACAUCAAUCUUAAGGUGUCUAAUAAGCUUACACUACGUUCAAAUUAAGCUGGAGCGAACUUGUUUGAAAACGUCAUUUUGCCGUAAUAAUUUGAGCACUGUUUCUAAUCGGAGCGAGAUGAAAAUUGAAAACGGAGCGCUUUUGGCGCUGCGUGUGAACACAAACGCCAUUACUUUUUAUACCGCUUUCAAAUCAAGUAUCUCAGGUCUCAAAACAGUAAAUCCGAAUGCUUUUCGUUUAAUUUUCUUUGCUCUGUUUGAGAUCUUUUUGGUUUACAUGAGUGCUAACUUAAUUUGUAAACAAACUGUAACGGCGUAGUGUGAACACACGCAAAGUCUGUCGGCAUUAUUUUGCUCCGGCGUAUCGUGUGAAUGUAGUUUUAAUGUACGGUUUAUCAGUGAGUGCGGCCGCAAUAGUUCUAAGCUUUGCAAAAAGUCCAUAUACAUUAGGCCACGCCAUGCAUUAGGCCAUACAAUUUCCAUUCUUUGACCUUCUAUGGAUUUUCAAUUUUUUUCCCAGUGAAUACUGGAGAAAAUUUUGAAAAUCCAUAGAAGGUCAUAGAAUGGAAAUUGUAUGGAGCUUUAUUGGAAAUAGAAUGGAUUUUGGUUAUCUAUGAUAAUUGCAUGCAUAUUUUCAUAGUAUGGAUAUAGUAUGGAAAUAGUAUGGAUAUACUAUGGAUUUUAGUGGUGCAAUUGCAAAUUUCGUAGUAUGGAUUUCACAUUUUUUUCCAGUGCAUGAUUACGGAUAUCCCGACCUUGUACAUAUAUUUUUAAAAAGCCGAAAAGAAUGCAUUGCCGCUCAACAGUUUUGAUGUGCUGUUUGUUUGUUUUUUCAUCCGACCAUGUGUUAGACAGUAUUAGUAUUUAUUUUCCCAGUAAGACAUCCAAAAAUAUAAAAUGUUCGAGAAUAAAGUCAGGCUGACGGGCAGGCUAAACUUUGAACACGCAAUUGUCAACGUGAAACAUGGCCGAAGGAGGCGAUGUUUACUUCGCUGUACUCUUUGGAUGUACAUGUCACUGCGCGUGUGGUAUUAGAUAUUAGACAUUAGACAGUUCUUUCUCCCUCCCCCCCUUAAUAUUGGCGAGCAAAAUCCGUAAUCCAACAAAAAAUAGCGAGGCCUUAUUAGAAUUUUGCAUCAAAAUUAAGUUACCAAAGAGGUGUUAACGAUGGGAAUAAAUAUUUAUAGUUCCAAUAUAACACAAUGAAUUUGCUCGAAGAAUUUUUUGUUUGAGCUUUUGUCUUCUUCGAUUUUAGAUUUCAAAAGAGUAAAAUAUUCCAGGCUUUAGUAUCGUUAGAAAAGGAUCUAGAAAAGAUUGCUUGUUCGGACGGGUAACUAUGUUUAUGAUUGUGCUUUUUAUUUGUAAUCUUUGGCAUAGUUAAUAGCCAUGUUGUUUUGAGUGCAAUUUUGAAAUACUAGAAGAAUUCUCAAUACUCCCUUUCGCGAAAGUGACACAUACCAACUCCUACUUCAAGAAGAUGUAUUAUAAUAACUUCUUAUUAACCGAACGCAAGGUCUGUACAGAAAAAUAUCGGACCGAGGUCUUUUUUUUUGUACAGCCUUGACUGAGCCUGCGAGGUUUGUACAAAAAGACCGAGGUCCGAUAUUUCUCUGUACAUACCGAGCAAGCAAGGUAAUAGAAAGUUUAUCAUAUGGCAUUUAUUAUAUAUUAUAAUUUUCAAAUUUUCUAUUAGUUUUGCUGUUUUGUUUUAAAAUGCAUGCGUUUGUUUUUACGUAAUGGACCGCCGGUCCAUUACGGGAAAAUAAUGGACCGCUGAAAGUGCUUCUCAGCCAAUCACAGUCCGCCAUUUCACCUGAAGUGAUAGUUACCAUAUAAUAAUAAUUAAUAAUACCCUUUCAAGGUUCCCAAUAGAAUUUGGAGCAGGAGGAUUUUUGAAAGAAGUGGGUGGUUCUAUGGGUGCUGGCUUCUAUUGGGAGCCCUGUUCUUUGACGCUGAACUGACAGGGAUUGCAUAAUUGUAUACAGUAUCUGUUCCAUCGAGCAUUGAUACUACGUAACAUCAAUUUCUUGCAGUGAAAAAUUGUUUGAAGAAAAUGUUCUUGGAGGACCAGUUGGUUUUCUCACUCCACGACAAGGAGGUACGUAGAAAUUCUUCGUAGAAAUGGUUGCCAUAUAAACACCACACACAAAAAAAAGCCCCCCCCCCCCCUAAAUGUAUCAGCAUAAACAAAUGAGCCCCUCAUAAUCGUACCUAGAACUAAAUUAAUAGAUCUAUGAGGGUUUGCUUAAUGCUGUAUGAACCUUUAUUGAACCUGCACGCAACAGUAAUGUUUAAUCAAUGAUUCAACAAGGAGUGUAACCACCACGCUUCUCGAUCACCUCCAGGCAUCGUCGCCUCAUGGUGUUGACGAGUCUGCUAACCCCCACCUCCCAAGGUAUAUAGCUUUACCGUGGGGUGGUGCAGCGCAUCCCUCCUAGUGGUGUCUAGCACCACCCUAAAAGAAUCUGCUUGAGAUUGCAGACUGCAAAGGAGAGUGGGCAGUAAGGCUCCCUCAUGCACGACCCCGUGGAAAACCUUCACCCCAUCUUGCAGAUGAGGCCGGAUCCGCCCCUGAGUAUAAAUUUUGUUAUCAUAAAAAUACUCCACCCAAUUUGUUUUGGACUAGUUUAUCGAUAGUAUGUAUUGCGUUGCUUGAAUACACCUAAUUCAAUUAGCCUUUCUCACGAUGACGAAUAUCCGCCAUAUUUGGAUGGCAUCUAAUUCUCGUUAAUCAAUGCAGACAACUAACACAAUGUGAAAAGCAAUUUUUCAAAAUAAACUAACCAUUUACAAAGCAAAUUUACCAUCAUUCGUCCACAAAAUUAUAAAAAGUCGCUGUUAUGUGGAUUUAUCUCGCAGACUUUGGCUUCAAUGCCACCCAAAAAUGGCGGCGUGAGAAAGGCUAAUUAAGGUUGUCCUUUCGAAGUCAAAACCCUGGACCACUGAUUUUUGCAUACAAUCAGUGUAAUUCAUACGUCCGUCUUUCGACACUCCGUAGUUACGGUUGUUAUGUCCCGUAAACCGUUUUGGCAGAAUUCCUGGAAUUUUUCAACUUUUUGACGUUGAAGAAUGUUGUUUGUGAGCAUACUUAACUCCUUUAGGAAUUAAAUUCACUUGGUCGAUUGGCAUAAAUACUAUAGUCAUAUACAUACUUUACAGCAAAACAUAACAACUAGAUAUUGCUAACAUGCAUGCAUGCACAACAUGCAUGCACAAUCUCAUAAUAAUACACACGCUCAUUGUGCCUUUCGGGCUUAGACGUCGACUGGUCGAAUGUUUUAACCUUCAGAGACAACCUUAAUUGAAUUAUAACUGUAUACUACUACACUAAAAUUUUUUCAAUGUCACGUAUUUGCAAUGAAAAGUGUUCAAAACCUAAAAUCUUUUUGGCGUUCCUCUCAAAAUUACUUUGUUUUGGCUUUAUUCUCUAGUUUAUAGAGUUAGCUACCUUUUUAAAUGCAUCUGCCGGUUGAGAAACAUAAAAUAAUAGUUAAAAAUUGUCAAUUAAAAUACAAUUAUCAAUGAUGCUUUAAAAUUGGCGCCAUAUUUACAGCCAUAUAAGCAAAACUUACUGAACUUCAGACAUCAUUUUCUCUUUGGCGUAUCAUCUAAAAUAUCUUCAUUAUUGCAUUAUUUUACAGAUAAAGCACUAAACAUACUUUUUAAGUUUGUUUGCCGAUUGAGAAACGUAUCGAAAAAUAAAAAUUUUGAAUUUAGUCAUAACCUCAAGUGAUAUAUUAUACGCAUUAGUUUUGAGCGCGUGUUACGUAACAUACAAAAGAAUCUCCUCCUAAAACAAUAUUUUUAUUAUUUUAGGUCAGCUGAUGCACCUCACGUAUUUUGCCACGCCUUUGGAAUUACGCAGUGAAAAUGUAUCCAAAAUUAAUGAGAACUUUGACUUUCAUUGUAAGUGUUUUCGUAUAUGCUUGCAUUUUCUUUACGAUAAUAGUUUCUUAGAAUUGUCACCAGCAACAUGAAUAGCCGAACUUAGGAGUCCGAUUUCUUUUUGAAUUAUUGAUUUUUUGUGACUCUAUACCUUUAUUGAAAUUGAGUAAAGGUUAAAAACAGAUGAGAAAGCUUCGGAUUGAUAGGGAUGUAACAACCUGAGAAACUUCGGAAGGCUCUUCUUUGGAAAGUGGCAAUACCUACCCCUGCACAGACCGUCCAAGAAAGAAAGACAAAUCAAUUUUUCAAUCACUAAGGCCCGUUUAAGACGGCUUACUCUUCAUGUGACGAAGUUAAUUGUAUUAGAUGCCACGCUGGAGCGAUACAAGUACGACAGUGAUUCAAACGGCGUACAAAAUAUAAUAUGUUGUUGCCAUUGCUGGGGCGCAUUCUCGAGCGAAUGCUAAGUAAAAUUCGAGACAAAUAAGUCCAGUUUUAAACUGGAAUUUACUAGAUUGCCAAUCUGAUAAUGUCAAAUUUCCAAAAAUUGAGCGGCGUAUGUAUCAAUGUCGCUGGAAGGUCGCAUAAUGCGACAGGCUCUGCCGAACCUGUGUCGAACUUGCCCUACUUAAUUGAUUCAAGCCCCGUUUACACUACGCUCAAUUUUUGGUACCGUACCGCUUUUUUGGUUCUUGGACUAUCUAAAUAGGUAGUCCAAGAACCAAAAAAGUAGUACGGGUACCAAUUUUAUCCGUGCCGUUCCAAAAAUUGAGCGUAGUGUAAACGAGGCUUCGUACGUCGCUCUUCUGUCGUACCUAUAAUUCUUCAAUUAAUUUCGGCCCAUAAAAAUUAAUUAAUUAAUUAAUUAAUCGUAAAUUAGGAAUGCAACUGAAAACUUGUUUUUAAUUUUUGGAAUUUCAUAACUAACCGCAUGGAAAGAAAUAAUGGUCCAUUUUGGUCUGUCAGUUAGGUAAUUACGAUAUGUAAGCUUUAUUCAUGAACAUUAAUAACUUCUUAUUAUUAACCGAACGCGAGGUCUGUACAGAGAACUAUCGGACCGAGGCCUUUUUUGUACGGUCCGCGUUCGGUUAAUAAGACGUUAUUAUAUUUGCACAAAAAGACCGAGGUCCGAUAUUUCUCUGUAUACAUACCGAGCAAGCGAGGUUUAUAUGGGAUUAUAAAAUGCAUGCGUUUGUUUUUACGUGAUGGACCACCGAUCCAUUACGGGAAAAUAAUGGAUCGUUGAAAGUCACAAUCACAGUCCACCAUUUCACCGGAAGUGAUGCUUGCCAUGUAAUAAGUAUAUAUAGUAACCCAUAACUCGUGCAUGUUUUCCAAGAGGGCUGUCUCACCCCGCACACGCUGCAUGCAUGGACGUACAGUAAUAUCCACAUUGUUGAGCAAAUAAUAAAUCAUUAAUUUUCUUUAGCUUUUGUCCUUUCAAAAUUUGGUCGUUCGUUAUCAAUAUCUGUUGAACAAAGUAAACCAAGACUUUUGCCGACGAGUUCUCUUUUAUCUGCUGAAUUUUCUGCUGACAAACGAGGGUGAGAUAUUAACAUGCAGUUACUGAGCUUGAGCAUGCAUGAUAUGAGGAAUUAUCAAGCCAGACAUUUGUGUUGUCAACCGAAGCCGAU